AUGUGCAAACACAAUCAUUGUGCACUUUGGAGUUUGUGUUUGUUUGUGAUGGCGAACUUCUUUCUCGCUUGUGCGCUGUUGUCGUCCUUUCAACUGAGUCUUGCAGGCCCAGUGUUCGUGUCCGGCAAAGCGGCUCAUGGCGUCCUGUGGAGACACAAGCGUGAAAACAGGGGCGUGUUUGAGGAACUGCUGGAGGGCAACCUGGAGAGAGAAUGUGUGGAGGAAAUAUGUGACUUUGAGGAGGCCAGGGAGAUCUUUGAGAAUACAGAAAAAACAGUGGAGUUCUGGAAUGCGUACAUGGAUGGUGACCAGUGUAAGUUGAAACCAUGCCUCCACAAGGCCACUUGCAAUGACGGCAUCGGCUCCUACACGUGUAAGUGUCGAAACGGCUUCAGCGGCGUCAACUGUGAGAUCGAUUUACAGAAAAGGUGUGAUCUCAACAAUGGAGACUGUGGGCAUUUUUGUAAAUCAAUGGGCCAUGCCGGAGGCAAAUGUUACUGUGCGGAAGGAUACAAGCUGAUGCAGGAUGGGAUCAGCUGUGAACCAGAAGUCGAGUUCGCAUGCGGUAGGACUGCUCUGAUGAGAACACCUCGGUCUCUCGUCCUCACCUCCAACACAACUGGGCCGGAAACCCUGACGCGAAUUGUUGGUGGAGAUUUCGUCACCCCAGCAGAGAUCCCCUGGCAGGCGGCCUUGGUAGAUAGUAAAUCUGGUGCGGUGUUCUGCGGGGGCUCCAUUCUGCGAGAGCAGUGGGUCAUCACCGCCGCCCACUGUCUGGCCGAGGCGCUGGGCCCCUUCUACGUGAGAGUGGGCGAAUACAACAUUAAAGUCAAAGAGGACACAGAGCAGGAUAUCCAAGUUUCCCAGCAGCACAUGUUCCCGCUGUACAAUGCCAGCGUGAGCUUGCACGAUCACGACAUCGCCCUGCUCCACCUCCAAACACCCAUCAACUUCUCCACAGACGUGCGGCCCAUCUGCAUCGGGCCCCAGGCCUUCACCGAAGCCUUGGUGAAGAGCGCCUCACCCGCCACGGUCAGCGGCUGGGGCAGAACGCGCUACCUCGGACUCCCGUCCAACACGUUAAAAAAGGUGGAGGUUCCCUUCACGAGCCGGACCGACUGCAAGUUCACCAGCAGCGCCAGGAUCACGCCCGCCAUGUUCUGCGCCGGAUACUACGACGAGUCCAAAGACGCGUGCCAGGGCGACAGCGGGGGUCCUCACUCCAACAGGCGCCACAACACGUGGUUCCUGACGGGCAUCGUGAGCUGGGGGGAAGAGUGUGCAAAGGAUGGCAAAUACGGGGUGUACACCCGCGUGUCUACUUACUCCAAAUGGAUCCAUAACAUGAUCCAUGGGUUGGACCACCACGAGGUCACGCCAAGGCCUGAAGAUGACAUGGGUCUUCUGCCGUAG